AUGAUAUUGAGUCUCAUCAGUUAUGCAUUACAGUCAAUCAAUAAUAAUAACACCAAUAGCGACAUUUAUUCAUAUUUCAAAGUAAAAACGCCAAAUUUCGAUCAUAUUCCUACGACGUUACCUAUUCAUGAUGUUCUUCUUGUUAUACGUACUUCUAAAUAUACUCAAAGAUCCCGUAUGCCAGUCAUUCUCAAAACAUGGUUUCAAUUUUCUCCCGAUACAACUCAUAUAACUACAAACGGCGAUGCAAAAUAUGUUCAUCAGUUUCUUUCUAAACAAUAUCAUGAUCAUGUGCAUUCAACUACAUGUAAACAGGCGCAUUCCAUUCGUGAUUUAUGUUGUCACAGUGCAUCAGAAUUUCAGAUUUAUUUCGAAAAUAAACAUAAAUAUCGAUGGUUAUGUCGCUUUGAUGAUGAUCAAUAUGUAAAUGUACCAUUACUUAUUCACUAUUUAAAACAAUUUUCUCCUGAUACACAACCAUUAUAUAUUGGUAAACCAAGUAUGCAAGAACCAAAGCGUGGUCAUGGUAUAGAUUUUUGGUUUGCAACAUAUGGCGGUGGUGUUUGUUUUUCUCGGGCGCUUUUAAAAAUGAUUCGUAAUGAUGUUCAACCGAAUAAUAACUUUAUGGAAGGAUGUAUAUCAUCAAAUUAUCCUGAUGAUACACAUAUAGCUUAUAUACUUCGAGUAAAUUAUAAUAUUAACUUAACUGUUGCAAAUGAUUUUCAUCAUCAUAUUGAACGAAAUUUAUUUACUAAUUUAACAAGUCCAUCGAAUAUUGAUCAAGCUAUUACACUCGGUUUUAAAGGUAAUAACGUGCCUAGAUUUGUACCUCUAGUAAAAAAUGAUGUGUUUCAUAUGCAAACAUUACAUUGCUUAUUAUAUCCGGAUGCAAAUUGCACGCGUUUGUUAAGAAUUUUAAUAAAUAAAUUUUACGAAGACAAGAAAAGUUAA